AGGUGGUGAAGGGGGCAGGAGUUUGGUGGUAAUGUGGGAGGAGGUAGAUCGAGAUGGGGGAGGAGUCUAGCAGGUUAAUGGCGAUGGGGGAAGGAGAUGGCAACUGGGGGGGAGAGCGAGGGAGGGAGAUGGAGAAAGGGGCGAGGGCAAGAGAUGGUGCAAAGGGACAGCGAGGGCCUAAGUCAGACGGCAAUAAUGAUUAUUUUUGUAGCUGUUCUCAGAGUAUAGGCAGGCUAGAAAAGUAUGGUUAUAAGGGGGCAAGCAUGGCCAAUGUUGUCCUUCCAGGAGCUGCCUACACUGAGAAGGAAGGCACCUAUGUCAACACGGAGGGACGAGUGCAAAUGACAAGGCCUGCCGUGCCUGUGGUCGGCAAUUCCAGGGAUGAUUGGAAGAUAAUUCGGGCACUCUCCGAAGUCUUGGGGAAGAGGCUGCCAUAUGAUUCUGUGAGCGGAGUGCGGCAAAGGCUUGCAGAGGUGGCUCCCCAUCUCUCGCGUAUUGACAGUAUUGAGCCAUCGGUGUGGCUGAAUGGAGAUGCGCUUGCGCACUAUCAUGCUUCUGCUCUUGCGGAUACGCCCUUUGAAAAAGUGGUUGAUAACUUCUAUAUGACGGACCCGAUCAGUCGUGCAUCGCAGACCAUGGCCAAGUGCACUGCCGCUCGGAAGAAGGAGGUCGCGGAGGGGCGUUAUGACAAGCGUAGCUGCGCGGUGACAUGUGGCGACUUUGGGCAUCGUGAUGACGAACUUCUCGAGCUUAUGGAGGAGACCAGAGAGGCGCUUGAUGGCGUAUGGAGAUUGGUUGACCAGGUUCAGAUUCACCAGACCACUGCUGUUCCAGGUUUGAACCAGGAUUAUAAAUGGGAUGACCAGGAUCUGGGCACCAAGGGAGGCCAGGAGGGAGGGAGGAGAAUUGACAUUGAUGACUCUCCCAAAGGAGGCAUUUAUGGACAGAGGAGGAUGUCCCAUUUGCUAUCUCGCAUUGGUGCGGCUCUGAAGGACUGCCUACUGAAGAAAUGCCAGCAGUUAUCACUUUGGGACGUCGGCAAUUUUCGAAAGGUGGAGAUGGUGCUCUCACAUUGCCUGCGGGUGAUCAGCAGGUGGGAGAACGUGACUUCCGAGCUGACAAAGCUCACAUGGCCGCGAUUCGACGCCCACAUCUGGGAAGGAAAGCCAUUCGAAGACAAACUGCUGACCGCUUUCCGCAAUCGGAUCGACGAAAUUCUGAAGAUAAGAGAGAUCCACAAACUGUAAACCCUAAACCUAAACCCUAAACCCUAAAACUUAAGCCCCCCAAACC